AUGUUUUCAGGCACUGCAGGUUCUUUGAAUAACCAGCUCAAUUUACCGUACGGCUUUGCACGUGAUUUGAGCUCAGGCACACGUUAUAUAGCUGACUAUUCAAAUCAUCGUAUUAUGAGUUAUUUACCGGGAUCAACCAAUGGCACUGUGAUUGCUGGUGGCAAUGGAUCAGGCACGAGCAGCACACAGUUAAUGAAUCCUAUUGGUCUCUGUUUUGAUUCAUCAUCCAACAGUCUUCUCAUUGCCAAUUAUGGCGCCCAUAAUAUUGUUCGUUGGGUAUUGGGAGCUACUAGUUGGACACUUGUCGCUGGUAUUACUGGAUCGGCUGGUAGCACAUCGACACAACUCAACAGUCCAAUGGACGUAACACUUGAUUCAAUGGGUAAUAUUUAUGUGGCCGAUUCGAGUAAUCAUCGCAUACAGUUUUUCUUGGCUGGUCAAUCAAAUGGCACAACAAUUGCUGGAAUAACAGCCGUAGGAGGUAGCACUUCCACCCAACUCAAUUCACCCUCUUCAGUGAUUGUCGACACUCAAUUCAAUUUAUAUGUAUCAGAUUUUGCCAAUCAUCGAGUGCAAAAGUUUCUAUUCUACUAA